AUGACAGCUUGGAGCCAUGAGACACGGGAGCGCACUUUCCAGUAUGUCUCUGUUCUGGUUUGCCUGGCAAUCGCAGUUGUAUCAGCUGUGCUGGUGUAUUGGAUCGGGCCCACGCACCUGAUUGGAGAAGUCCUGUUGCUUCUGCCAGAUAAGCCUGGCUGCGGCUGGUUUGCGGCAUGGGCUUUCCUACUAUUGGCAACGGUGGUGUUUAUGGUCCCUCUCUGGCAGGCCAUCUGUGUGGCCUCUGGCCUCAUGUUCGGCCUUUGUGGCGGAACGGCUCUGAAUUUCUUGGCCUUGUACGCGGCGGCCGUGAUUUGCGCGCUGCUGGGACGCUUCUUGUUGCAGGAGCCAAUUCGAGGCUGGCUCGACGAAGGGAAUUUUCCGACCGCCAAGAAGGCUUUGCAAGUGCUAGAGGAAGCAGAUGAUUCUGUGGAAUUUCAGAUACUCUUUCGGUUUUUGUUCAUUCCCAUAUGGCUUCGGAACUACGGGCCUGCAACCCUCCACAUACCUCUGUGGAAGCUACUUCUGGCUGCCGUCCCUCACACGCUUUGGGUCUCCUUCAUCAUGGCAUCACUUGGGGUAUCUCUGCAAGAUGCAAAUGAUUUGGUGAACGAGGGUGAGGAGCUGAAGAUCUGGGAUGCGAAAUGGCAGCACCUCCUGAUGUUUGUGGUUUCCUGCGUGAUGUCGUUGCUGUUGUCCUGGUACUCUUAUCGGAAAUAUACCGAUAUAAUGAAUGGCGAAGGAAAGCCCUUCAGCCAGACCCCGUGA